AUGGCCAGCAAGGAUGGUGGGCAGGCAUUCGCCCCGGUCCUAGCGGCCGUCGCGACAAUGCAAGGGAACGUAUCCAGGGCCGAGAAAACCCAAGCCCAUGAAUUCCUUGAAAAAUUCCAAAAAUCAGUUGAAGCAUGGGAAACGACACAUUCGCUAUUACAGUCGCACGACGUACCAAUCGAAGCCAAAUUGUUCGCCGCAACUACAUUGAAGGGAAAGAUCGUAUUUGAUCUCGAUCAACUCAACCCAGAGUCCGUUUUAGCCCUCCGGGAUUCCGUCCUCAACCUCCUCGUCGCUUUUGCCCCCGGUCCUCGACCCAUUCAAACUCAGCUAUGUGUGUGCUUGGCAAGCUUGGCGAUCCAAAUGGUCGCAUGGAAAGAUGUCCUCGCCACCGUGGGAUCCGCAUUGGGCAGUAUUGCGGGGGAUUGUGUGCUGGAGUUUUUGAAGAUUCUCCCCGAGGAAGUUACAGAAGGCCGCAAGAUCAACCUCAGUGAGGAUGAGCUUCUGUCCCGAACAAAGGAGCUAUUGGAGGACAAUGCGGAGCAAGUCAUGCAGUUGAUGAUCCAGUAUGCUCAAUCGUCACCUACCGCGGCAACCAAUCCUCGUCUUUUGGACUGUAUCACCUCGUGGCUUCGCGAAAUCCCCGCCGGUCGAGUCGUCGAGUCGCCUCUGAUGGAUAUUAUUGUCAAGGCAUUGGACAAUGACGGAUCUUUUGAUGCCGGCGUUGACUGCAUGUGUACCCUCUUCCGUGAUACCAAAGAUGUUGACGAGUCCCUUUCCGUAAUCCAAGCCCUUUACCCCCGGUUGAUGGCUCUUCGACCAAAGAUUCUUGAAACCGCCGAAGCCGAAGACUUGGAGGCGUUUAAAGGCAUUACCAGAAUAUUCUCGGAGGCUGGUGAGGCCUGGGCCGUUCUCAUUGCUCGUCUACCAGUCGAAUUCCGCGGCCUCGUCGAAGCUGUCCUGGAGUGCUGCGCACGCGACUGGGAGAGAGAUGCUGUUUCUCUUACUUUCAUCUUCUGGUACGAGCUCAAGCAGUACAUCACUAUCGAUCGCUACACUGAUUCUCGCGUCAAUUUCCUCGAUAUUUUCUCCCAGCUGGUGGACAUCAUGGUCAAGCACUUGGAAUUCCCUAGCCCCGAGGAAGGCGAGACCGAUCUCUUUGGUGGCGACCGAGAGCAGGAAGAAAAGUUCCGCCAAUUCAGACACUCCAUGGGCGAUGUCUUGAAGGACUGUUGUUCUGUCGUGGGCGUGACCGACUGCCUGGGUAAGAUCUAUCAGUUGAUCCAGCAAUGGGUGGGCAAGUACGCGGCACAGGCGAGUCACGAGCAUGUUCCACAUUGGCAGGAAUUGGAGGCUCCUUUGUUUGGCCUCCGUGCCAUGGGCCGCAUGGUUGACCCCGAGGAAAGUACUGUAUUGGGUCAAUUGGUUAGUUUGAUUGUCCAAAUCCCUGACCAGGAGAAGGUCCGAUUCCAAGCAAUUAUGGCUCUUGCUCGGUACACAGAAUGGACUGCUCUCCACCCGGAGAGCCUUGAGGCACAACUCAACUACGUUAUUUCCGCUUUCGAGCACCCAUCUCCGGAGGUCAUUCAGGCGGCUGCUCUUGCGUUCAAAUUUCUUGGAACCGAUUGCCAAAAGCUGCUCGGUGGCCACAUCAACCACCUGCACACUUUCUUCUUGUCCGUGCUCGACAAGCUGAAGCCCGCUAGCCAAGAGGAAGUGACUGAGGGUGUUGCGGCUGUGGUAUCUGUGCAACCCUUGGACAAGAUCUAUGCCUCCUUGAAGAUGUUCUGUGAUCCGAUCAUGCAGCGAAUUAUGAAUCUAGCCAAUCAUGCACAAGAUGAAGAAGGACAGCGAGCAGUUGCCGACCAUUUGCAGUUGAUCACAAUCUUUAUUCAAGUGGUUACUCCCAUCGUUGCGCCGGGCGAAGAGAAUCCUGCCGUUAAGUACUGCGGCGAAAUCCUACCUAUCAUGGCCACAAUCGUUAUGAAUUUCACGUCUUCCACCCCCAUUCUGGAGCGCGUGUGCCGAUGCUGGCGUUACAUGAUUAUUUCUUAUCGAACUGCUAUGAUUCCCCUCCUUCCCACUCUCGCCCAAAGCAUUGCGAAUGGCUUUGAGGCGUCCCGGGAGGGCUGCUUCUUGUGGGCCACCGACGCCGUUGUCCGCGAAUACUCUGAUGGUGCUGAGUAUGUGGACCAGGCCACCAGCGAUGCUGUCUAUCAGUUCUAUGAGCAGCAAGCUCUUUCCUUCCUGCGCAUUUUGAAUGAUUUGCCCCCAGAGAAUCUUCCCGAUGUCAUCGAGGAUUUCUUCCGCUUGUCAUCUGACGCUGUCCGCUAUUACCCUAAAAAGUGCAUUAGCUCGUCACUGGCCGUCCCUAUCUUCUCCGCGGCACUUAGUGCCCUUACUCUUCAACAAGUCGAUCCCCUUAUCGCCACCCUGCACUAUUACCGCGACCUUUUCAGCUUUGCCUUCGACAAGCCUCUCGUCUCCGAAUUCACCAGUCCCGAAGGUGCUCCUUUCUCCAACCCGCCGGAGAUCCGGGAGGCUGUCAAGGCUCUUCUUUUGUCACAGGGCCAGGUUCUCACCCAGCGUGUUCUCACAGGCAUGAUGUUCAGUUUCCCUGGAGAUUGUUUCCCUGAUGCAUCAGGAGUUUUGAUGACCCUGUUUGAAGUGCUACCCCACGAGACUGGCGCCUGGUUACAGGCUACACUGCAGAUGCUUCCCCCUGGGUCCAUGAAGCCGGCUGAGGCUGAGCGACUUCUCAAGGGCAUUGGUGAGAAGGUCCAAUCUGGUGAAACACGGAAGAUCCGCGUUUUGCUUCAAGAUUUCACCAAUUCCUACCGCCGUCGCAAUGUUGCCCCCCGCGAUGGCCUCGGCCGCCUGGAGGCGACCCGUUUCCGGUUCAGCGGAUGA